GAAGAGCCGACGUGCUUUUCAGGUGAGGCGCACCGACUCUUGCCCUCGUUCUCCCACCUCUCUCUCCGACCACGACUAGACGACUCGACAUGUUGUCGAGCAUUUUCAUAACUUCGUUCCUUUUCGGCGCAUCGUUUGCCGCACAAUCUUCACCAACUGUAGUUUGCGUUGCAGGGCAAUGCCUCGAAGGGUACACUAAUACCACUAUCGGCGCGGUGCUAUCUGGGUCUGGUGCUGCAACCGACAUCCUCCUGCUACCGGGGCAGUAUACCUCGACGUCCGAUCCCUCCCUACUCCACAAUCUUCUCACGUCCUCAAGCACGACCAUUUCAUCAUCCCCCGGCUUUGAUGCCAAUCUCUCCCUUCCUCUGAAUUUGGAGCUUCAACCAGGAGUUGCAGUCUUUCCCCAGGCAAACUACUCCGGUGACGCGAGCUUCGUCCAGCUCCCAAGCACGCCUCUGAAUAGCACUUCGUUGUCCGCCGGCUCUCUGGCAUUGUCGUCCAACGUCUGGGCCGCAAUCUCAACAGGCUCGUCCAAAGAUAGAGUCAUCUUCUGGGACAGCGUGCCCGAUGUCUCGCAGCUGCCUUCCGGCGCGUCUGGUCUCUCUGCUCUGCUUGACAUCCAGUCGUCGGCCUGCUCGCCCCCCUGUUCCGGCGCUGGCGUAUGUUCUGCCUCUGGACAGUGUAUCUGCCCUACGGGUUUCAACGGUACCUCCUGCGAGACCUGCUCUCCUGGUUUCUUUGGUCCCAGUUGCCAGGCGUGUCCCGCCGACUGCGCGAAGUGCGACGAUGGCAUGACCGGCACUGGCAGGUGCAUUGAGCCUAUCAUCCAGAACCUUCCAUCCACCUGCAACUGCGUGAACGGUGUCUGCGGGAGUAACGGGCAAUGUACCUGCAAUCCCGGCUGGACGGCUGCGAGCAAUGGGACUGCUUGCGCGAAAUGCGCGGACGGUUUCUUCCUGGACAACAAUGGGAAUUGCGAAGUCUGCAGCCUCGGCUGCACCCAGUGCGCUGACGGCAGCGGGGACUGCAUAACUUGCAAGUCUGGCUUCACUCAGAAUGCUAAUGACCGCACCCAGUGCUUCGCGUCUCAGUCGACUACGUCUACGGGCACUACAUGUCCCGACGGCAGUUUCAGCAAUGGGACUGCCUGCGAGCCUUGCUCUCCUCUCUGCCAGACAUGUACUGGGCCGGAUUCGUCUGAUUGCAUAAUCUGCGGUGCUGGCAAGUAUACCUUGAACGGUAACUGCGUCGGUACGGAUGGGAAUGGCGUUUGUGAUGGCUCCACCCUUGUUGCGGAUAAUAACAAGCACGAGUGCACUACCUGUCCUCUAGGUUGCACCAGCUGCAAGUUCUCUUCCUUCAACGUAGCAUCGACGAUCGAUCAGGUCCAAUGCACGGGCUGUCUCCCCGGAACUGUCCUCUCGGGUGGCAAGUGUGUCGCUAGCUGUCCUACUGGCACGUUCCUCGACCCUAAGGACAACGUCACCUGCACAGCCUGCGACUCCUCGUGCGGCACUUGUGCUGGCUCCGCUACCUUCUGCUUGACCUGCGCGAACAAUCAGCUCGCGUCUAACGGGACGUGUGUGGCAUCAUGCCCCUCCAACUCGUUCAGUUCCUCCGGCCAGUGCAUCACUUGCCAUUCUGACUGCGCGUCGUGCUCCGGAAGCUCCUUCAACCAGUGCUCGAGCUGUCCUUCGGACCGCCCGGUACUCACGAACGGUCGCUGCCUGCCUACGUGCAGCCAGUCGCAAUUCUUCGACAAGACAUCGUCGACUUGCCAGUCCUGCGACGCCAGUUGCUCGAGCUGCUCCGGUUCUGGACCAAGCAAUUGUCUCGCGUGCUCAAGCUCCAGCCAAGUCUUGCGCGGUGGUUCUUGCGUCUCCGCGAACUGCAACGGUACUCCCAGCACCAUCUCCGGCCUAGGUGUUUGCCUUUCAGAUCUCGUCGUCGUUCCUACCGUGUCUGGUACCGCGGCACCCCUCCCUUCCAUCACUGGCAUCAACACUCCUACGUCCACAAACACGACGACGACUACCCGCCGCCCUCUCGCAUGGUGGGAGAUCCUUCUCAUGGCUCUCGGAUGCGCGUUCAUCUUCGUCGUCAUCCUCAUGUGCUGGCGCCGCCGUGCCCGCAAGCGCCGCGCAGCGGCGACCGCCAACUUCGCCGCAGUGAAGGGUUUGAAUCGGCCCGGUAGCUGGCGCUAUCGCCUCGCGCGGUUUGGCGAGCGGCUCUUCGGGCACAAGAAGGGCCGGCGCUGGAUGCUCCCUGAGGACCCGGACGAGAUCCGCCUCCAGAAGCUGCGUGCGGCAGAGGAGGCUCGUGUCGACGGUCAUGUCGAGAAGAUGCGUCUCGCGGAGGACAAGCACCACGAACGGGAGGUCGCGAAGCUGCGCGCGUCGGAGAUCCGGCACGACAAGGAGAUGGACAAGCUUCUCGAUGCGUACGAGUACUCGCGCGCGGGCUCGAGCCGCUCUCCAUCUCCGCUUCCCUCGCUGCACUCGUACUCGGACGACAGGCACUCGCACAAGGCCAGCAGCCGCGGGUCGGGGGCGGAUCGGAAGCUGCCGGUGAACAAUGAGCUCGCGCAGGAAUCGCUCUACUCGCAAGUCACCGGCCAGCCGCGGCGCGCGCCCGAGCCGCGCCUGCCCAUCCGGAACGUGCCCGCUCCCGACGUGCCGCACUCGCGCUUCUCGGGCUCGACGACGUACAGCAGCUGGCUCGUGCCUGAUCCCCCUCUGCAGCACUCCGCGCCGACCCCGGCGCAGGAGUACGCGCGGACGGUGUCGCAGCAGGGAUUCCGCGACGAGGCCCAGGACGCUCCGCAGCGCGGGGCGUACUGGAUGCAGCCGCAUCACACGGGGAGCUCGGGAGGGUCGCGUAACCCGUUCCUGCGAUGAGGACUUGGCAUGAGCAGAUGAUGGACUCGACUACUUACCCAGCCUAGUGUUGUGUGUUCACCCUUCGAUUUUCUUUGGACACGUACAUGUGCUUCUCUUACGUUCACGAUUGCUUCUACGCUUUGCACGGACAUGGCAUUGACUUUAACGAGGCAUGACCCCUCUCUUGUCUCACAUACUACUUAGUGUACGUCGGAUUCCCGUUGUAAUUAGUCACUCUCUCGCCGCACAUUUGUAGCUAUAUCACUGCACUGCCGCUCGCUGCUGGGAAUCGCAUCCCAAUCCUAUACUGUAUCCUACGUUAUUGAGGUGGUUCACCGACUUUGAUCACUGGCAAGACUGUGCGGGCGCUUGGGAAACACCAGUCCGAAGCCGAAGAUGCCACAGUACUUGUUUUGAGCGCCUUACCU